GACAAUCGCAAUUGCAACUAUGAAUCAUGUCUCUCUUCGGCUUCCAUUGUUGUGCCGGCUAUGCUAGCUAAUGGCUAUUAGCUGUUGGCUACCAUCUAAAGUUGGUCAGAAAAGAGCCAAAGAAACAGUGAAACAACCAAGUUCGCCAACCACCAAGUGAAUUUGUGUCUUUGCAGGUUGGAGAAUAUGGUUGUGAAUCUCUGUCUGCCAGACUUUUGUACAACAAUUCAUUGCAACAAGCUGUGUGCAGAUGGCUAUGAUGUCACAAACCUCAUGUCAGCCAACCCUGCUCUUAGGAGACGGGGCUUCAAGCUGGAGUAUUUCCUUCGUCCGCCGUUACAGGUAACAUUGAAGUUUGGCUUUCAGGUGGAGCUGUGCAGGGUGGAUGUGGAGCUUUGGCCCUGGGGGAUGGACCGAGGACAGGUCUGCAAGAGACUAGAGCUCAGCACCAGCUGUGAUCUGCUGCCUCCCCAGAAUUCUGGUCAAGGCCACAAACGGGUUCAGCAAAAGAUACAAAUGCAAAAGGUGGUAAAGGACCAAAAUGAACAGAAAAGAGGAAAACAACAAGAGCGUGACCUUAAAUCUUGCCAUAGUAAUGGCCACCAGUGGAGACUUCAGGCCCAUCAGUGGGUUGAAGAGGCUCGAGAUGAGCCUCAGCAAAGAUGCCACAUGUUCAGGUGUCUGUCAGACACUGAAUCCCGUAACCCUGAGCCAGAGUUUAAACUUGUAGGUCGUUGUGAGCUCAGGGAGGAAACGCGAGUCAGUUUCACGCAUUCAAAUUUUAGUUCCCGGUCCCCAUUUCUCUCCCCGCCUCCUCCACAACCGGUAAACAGUCGACAAGAGGAGCUGUGGAGGCGCGGUGUGCUCUCGUUAGGUGCUGUGACACAGCUUCGUGUGACUGUGCCGUUUGGUGGUGCAGCGUCUGCUCUGGGGCUCAAGGCUUUAGCCGUUUGGGGACAGCCUGCACGCUGCUGCCCUGCAGAAGAAGUGGAAAGGAUUAAAAGAGUCCACGAGGCCAGUGAAAGACUUUUGUCACAACCUUUGUGUUUUGUCCCCCCUGUCAGACAAAUCCAACAACCAGUGCAAGCAGCCACACCUCCAAGCAGCCUUUCCACCCCAGAAGAGUUCCUUGACCCGAUAACCCAGGAAGUAAUGACACUGCCUAUGCUACUCCCGAGUGGUGUGUCACUGGACAAUACCACUCUUGAGGAGUACCACAAGAGGGAAGCCACUUGGGGUCGACCCCCAAACGACCCCUUCACUGGCGUUCCGUUCACUUCAACCUCUCAGCCUCUUCCUAACCCCCAGCUGAAAACACGUAUCGACCGCUUCCUCCUGCAAAAAGGUGGGGUGAGGAGGGAUGGGAUGUUGGGGAGACAAGGCGAAGGAAAGAAUCCACAGGUCUCAAGACUUCUAACCUCUGAGGUAGACAAAACUGCUAUUCACUAUAAUGCUGGCACUACACUGAGAGAAGGCACUGGAUCAAGUCAUUCAUCAUGCAAAGGAAAUGACAGGUCUAAUCCCCAGCAUGUUUCGACACAUAAUAAAUUAGAUGUAGACAGACUGAAGAAACGAGAUGUAAAUGGAGUUUCCAAAGAGUCAGUAGAUGAGUUGACAGCUGAGAAGCAAAGAUCACCUCAAACAAAAAGACCAAGAACUGAUGCAGUUUCAUUUCCUAGCUGCAGCUCCCAUGAGCAGCGCCUGUCAGCCAGCCUGGAUGAGGCCCUCUUCUCUGCCCUGCAGGGCCGACCCUCCUUCACCUCAAAUUUGUCUCAGCAGAGAGGUGUCACUUGUGACUCUGACCUACUGAACAAAGCAGAGCACUGUCAGACUGCACACACUUCAAGCAUGUCUACAGGUGAGAAGAUGUGCUCUGCGUGUUCCUGCUCAGUCUCUGUUUACGCCACAUCUGCAUCAUCCAUCUACCGUCUAACCUGUGGUCACUUGCUCUGCCGUGCCUGCGCACAGAGGGAAUCGCAGCCACUGAAUUCUGUCACAAUAUCGACACCCAGUCACAUAUUAUGUUCCACUUGCCACACACCUACCCCACGCACUGACAUCAUACGUGUGCAUUACUGACAGAUGGCAAAGGGAACAAGGAGGACUGUACACAGAGUGAGGAUGUGCACCUGGUGUGGCGUUUCAGCGUUGUGACCGUGUUCAACUUAUAGUGAAGGAGAAAAAUAUGUACUUCUAGAUGGACUUUAUUUAUAGAUUGUUCCCCCUUUUGAUGUACAUUAUAUCUUCACAAGUGCAUCACACGCUAUUACUGAUGGUUGGCUGCUGAAGGGGUUAACUUGUUCCAAACAUUUCCAGUAAAAUAUUCCUACCUGAUUUAUCACUUUAUAAAAUUAUUUUGUAAGGCUUAUUUUGUAUUCACACCCGCUAUAAGCCCUUCAAAUCUGGCAUUGAAUUAUAUUUCAUCACAAACUUGUUUUUGAGGGUAUCAAUGAAAGCAAAGACCUUUACAGAAACCUCACAUUAAAGUGUUAAAAAAUUGAUUGAAGUCUUGUUUUCCUCUCUUCUACCCCCUCUCCCUGUCUUACCCCUGCCAUUCAGCACUGGAGUGUAGUUGCAGCCUUGGUUCUGUAGUAUUUGUGCAGACCCUGAAUGUGUUGAUGUCUUGUGUGACAGAUGAUAAGAAAAGGUCGGUGGAACAAAUCACUGCGAGUGCUGAUGCUAUGUUAGCCCCGUCUUUAUCUGAGGCCCUUCCACUCUUUUUCUUCACUCACCACUUCACAUUCCCUAGACUCUUAUGUAAUGAUGAGGACUUAUUGGAAAUCAUUAUGUACUUUUUAUCAUGCUUUGAAUGUGUUAACAUUAAACUGUAUAUGCUGGCUAA